GUACAACGUGGACCACUGAAAUGGUAUCUUUGAUAAUGAAUGGUGGUGAUACAGAAUACAACAUGUCUGAUAUACAACAUACAAGAGUACCGCAGAUUGAAGUGAACUACAAGCCAAAUAUCAUGCGAUUCAUAUAUGUUGCAAGAAAUCCCAAAGAUAUGCUUGUGUCGUAUUACUAUUUGUAUAAGAUGUGCCGUGUUCAUGGUUGUUAUGAAGGCUCUUGGGCUGUAUUCUUCCGCAAAUUUAUAAAUAAACAGCGAAUUAUAGGAGACUGGAGAAAUCACUUCACAUUGGCUCAAAAUGAAGAAUUCAACAAACUCUACGAAUACAAGAUGAAAGACACUGGUCUAUCAUUUCAGUGGGAUGGCGACAAUUAA